UUAAGCAGCGCCCCGGCGAAACCGAUAGGGGAGGGAAGGGGUUCCGAUCGGAUCGGGGAAAAGGCUUCCACGAGCUCUCGUCUCGACUGCCGCCGCCGCCCGAGAUGGCGAUCCGCCGUGGGCCCUCCUGCGCCGCCCUCGCCCUGCUCGCGCUCGCCUCCGUCGCCGCGGUCUCCGCCGACGUCUUCUUCCAGGAGAAGUUCGAAGAUGGUUGGGAAAGCCGGUGGGUCAAGUCUGAGUGGAAGAAGGAUGAGAACAUGGCUGGUGAAUGGAACCACACAUCUGGAAAAUGGCAUGGAGAUGCUGAGGACAAAGGUAUCCAAACCUCAGAGGACUACAGGUUCUACGCCAUCUCGGCGGAGUACCCUGAGUUCAGCAACAAGGACAAGACACUUGUGCUGCAGUUCACGGUGAAGCAUGAGCAGAAGCUUGACUGCGGUGGUGGUUAUGUCAAGUUGCUUGGAGGUGAUGUUGACCAGAAGAAAUUCGGUGGCGACACACCAUACAGCAUUAUGUUUGGACCAGAUAUCUGUGGGUACAGCACCAAGAAGGUUCACACUAUCCUUACUAAGGAUGGCAAGAACCAUUUGAUCAAGAAGGACGUGCCUUGCGAGACCGAUCAGCUGUCGCAUGUGUACACUUUGAUCAUCCGCCCUGAUGCCACAUACAGCAUUCUCAUUGACAAUGAAGAGAAGCAAACUGGAAGCAUCUACGAGCACUGGGAUAUUCUUCCUCCCAAGGAAAUCAAGGACCCAGAAGCUAAGAAGCCAGAGGACUGGGAUGACAAGGAGUACAUUCCUGAUCCCGAGGACGUCAAGCCAGAGGGCUACGAUGACAUUCCCAAGGAAGUCACCGAUCCUGAUGCUAAGAAGCCUGAAGAUUGGGAUGAUGAGGAAGAUGGUGAAUGGACUGCCCCAACCAUCCCCAACCCAGAGUACAAGGGCCCAUGGAAGCAAAAGAAAAUCAAGAACCCUAACUACCAGGGCAAAUGGAAGGCACCUAUGAUUGCCAACCCAGACUUCAAGGAUGAUCCUUACAUCUAUGCUUUCGACAGCCUGAAGUACAUCGGAAUUGAGCUGUGGCAGGUUAAGUCAGGAACUUUGUUUGACAACAUUCUCAUCACUGAUGAUGCUGCCUUGGCCAAGACAUUUGCUGAAGAGACCUGGGCCAAGCAUAAGGAGGCUGAGAAGGCUGCUUUUGACGCGGCUGAAAAGAAGAAGGAAGAGGAGGAUGCUUCCAAGGCUGGUGAGGACGAUGAUGACUUGGAUGAUGAGGAUGCCGAUGAUGAGGACAAGGAUGACAAGGCUGGGUCUGAUGUCGAGUCUGAUGACGAGAAGCACGAUGAGCUCUAGAUGGAUGGUGAGGAUGAGAGGAGGCCGCCUGCCUUCGCGCCGGUGCCAUGAUUUAUUAGUUGUCUCUCAUUAUGAUGUUCCCCUUUUUGUGAUCAGAAACUUGACAAGUUACUGUGUGUAGAAGAACAACAUCACCGUGGGGUCUUUGUAGCGCUUUUGUAGUCCAAUUUUUACCGGAAGGGAACUUUAUAGUCGUUAAACGAGCAAAAAAUAAAAAAUCUUGCACUA